GAAAGGUGUGGAGAAUGUGCACCGUAAAGUGAAACAGAAAUAAGACGACAGUGGUGCAACUUAUCAGUUAAAUGCAUAAUUUAUGGUGCAAAAACGUUCCUACUCGCCAUCGGUCCCAAUAAACCGGCACGGGAAACAGGGGUGAAGCGAACUGUCCGCAAAAGCGUCCAGCGAAGAGCGUCCGGGAAGCGCUGGCACGGUGAAAAUAUAUGCCCACGAGGGCAAAACAGAGGACAGUGAUUUCGUAAUGAAGAACAACAUCAGCAACAACAACAACAACAACAACAGGCAGAGCGCAAGAAGCAAGAACAUAACAACCAAAGCAUAGCGUGGAAAAUACUUGGCGGGGGAGUUCCCAGCAUAGCGAGCCCGAGCCCGCUCUGGUCGGUAACCCGCACAUGUCCCGACCUUUUGCCCAGGAGGAAGAGCAAAGCUAACUCUUUCUCUCCCAGGGUUACGUCCCGGCAGCGUUACACACCGGGUCGAUGAUGUGUUGUAGUAGGUGCGGCGCACUGAUCGGGCACUUUUUUUCCUCUGCUUGUACGGGUGUGUGCGUGUGUGUGCAGAAAACCAUCACGGCAAGUGUUCUAUUGCGUGUGAGAGAGUGAAAUUUUGCACGACUUACGGGCGGUUGGUGUGCAUGCAGUGGCAAAGUAGCGCGUGUGAAGAAGGGCGGUGGACCUGAAACAACGGUUCUUUCGUGUGGGACCAACCGAAGCAAGCGUUGCAUUCGGAGAUCAGCAUCAUCAUCAUCCCCCCUAGGGUCGGUUGUGGGAAAUUUAUAACUGUACCGGAGCGGUGGGCGGUAAGGGCAAGCGAAGCAACGCAUGCUUGUUUGUCGCGCGCUGCUAGAGGUAAACGCGAGUCUGUAAGCAGCAGAAGCAGCAGGCGGAAACCUUUCUGCAAAAACUGUCACCACCCCAAACUGUGAAUUUUAUUCGCAAACUACUCUCGGCAUCGAUUGUGCAAGAUUGCGUUUGUGAUUGGUCGGUGCAGUGUUAGUGUGCGCGAGCGGUAAAGGUUGUGUGUGCAGUAGCGCGGGUGCGUGCGAUUACACAUCGGUGGGGUGGGUUGGGCUGGGUGACGAAAUUAGCCAAACGCGCCCGUCUUCAUUUCCGGUUCAUCGGCGAAUGUUGCCAAAUCGCGGGUCAAUUUGUUGAACUCAUCCUCGCACACACACACACAGAAACAGACACAGUGACAGAACACGAUGGUUGCCUGGUCGGUGUCGCACAAGCGGCACGUACGAAUUCUGCUCGUGGGUGACCAAGGGGUCGGCAAGACGUCCCUGAUCCUGUCGCUCGUCAGCGAAGAGUUCCCGGAAGAUGUACCGCUGAAGGCGGAAGAGAUUACCAUACCGGCGGACGUGACGCCGGAGCAGGUUCCCACAAACAUUGUCGAUUAUUCCGCGGCCGAACAAUCGGACGAAGCGCUUGCAGAAGAAAUUAGAAAGGCACACGUCGUCUGCAUCGUUUACUCGGUCGACUGCGAGGAAACGCUCGACGGUAUCACCGAGCGAUGGCUUCCGAUGGUGCAGAAAUGUUCGGAAAUGGAGCGGAAGCCGGUUGUGCUGGUGGGCAACAAGAUCGACCUCGUUGAUUAUUCUACUAUCGAUCACGUUCUUUCGAUCAUGGAGGACUACCCGGAGGUGGAAAGCUGCGUUGAAUGUUCGGCCAAAACUCUGCACAACAUUUCCGAGAUGUUUUACUACGCUCAGAAGGCAGUGUUGCACCCAACGGCACCGUUGUACAUAAUGGAGGAGCAGGAUCUAACCGAAGCAUGCAAGAAAGCACUUGUCCGCAUAUUCAAAGUGUGCGACAUUGAUGGCGACGGGCUGCUGAAUGACUACGAGCUGAAUCACUUCCAGCGCCGCUGCUUCAACGCACCGCUCCAGCCCCAGGUGCUGGACGAGGUGAAAGCCGUGCUGAUGAAAAACACGCCCGACGGCAUACGCGACGACUCGGUGACGCUGAGCGGCUUCCUCUUCCUGCACUGUCUCUUCAUCCAGCGCGGCCGCAACGAAACGACCUGGGCCGUGCUGCGCCGCUUCGGCUACAACGAGAGUCUCGCGAUGAGUGAUGAAUACUUGCAUCCGCCGGUGAAGAUUCCGCCCGGCAGCAGCACAGAACUGUCGCACCGUGGCCAGCAGUUUCUCGUGUCGCUGUUCGAGCGGAGCGAUCGCGACGGCGACGGGGCCCUUUCGCCGACCGAGUUCCAGAAGCUGUUCAGCGCCUGCCCCAGCCCCCCGUUCUCCACCGAUAUUAAGCGCACGAUACCGACGAACGAGAACGGUUGGCCCACGCUGCACGGCUGGCUGUGCCGCUGGAGCCUCAUGACGCUGGUGGACGUGAACAAAACGCUCGAGUAUCUGGCCUACCUGGGGUUCAACGUGCACGAGAACGAGUCGCAGCUGGCGGCGAUACACGUGACGCGCGAGCGGCGCAUCGAUCUGGCGAAAAAGCAGAACAGCCGCACGGUGUACAUGUGCCACGUGAUCGGUGCGAAGGAGGCCGCCAAAACGACCUUCUGCCGCGCGUUCCUGGCGCAGGACAUGAAGCGGCUGACGGACCGGGACAUACGGCACAGCAACCGGUACGCGAUCAACACGGUGCAGGUGUACGGGCAGGAGAAGUACCUCGUGCUGCGGGACGUGGACGCGCGGCUCGUGCUCGACCCGCUGCAGCCGAGCGAGGUGAACUGCGACGUGGCCUGCCUGGUGUACGACGUCGGCAACCCGAAGUCGUUCGAGUACAUUGCGCGAAUAUACAUCAAGUACUUUGCGGAGAGCAAAAUCCCGGUGCUGAUCGUGGGCACCAAGGCGGACCUGGAGGAGGUGCGCCAGGAGUAUCUGCUGCAGCCGCCCGACUUUUGCCACAAGUACAAACUGCUCCAGCCCCAGUUCUUCAGCGUGAAGCACAAUAAGAAAGACGUCUACACGAAGCUAGCAACGAUGGCGGCCUUUCCUCGAUUUCAAGCAGCGUGGAUUCUGUUUUAUAAGCAUAGAUUGGUACAGCUGUGGGAAACAACCCAUCUUAAGCAGUUCGGGCUUAUGUCGAGCGAUCCGUUGCUCUGGUGGAAGGCAGGAUUGGGCAUUGCGGCGGCCACAAUUGUGGGUUUCUUCGUGGUGAAAGCGUUUCACGGCCCCGGUUCGUCGGUAACGCGAUGAGGAGCGAGAACGAGUAGAGAAAUGGCUGAGUAAAGCUGCUUGUGUACAUAGAAUGCAAUUGUAGUGUAUGUGGCUGUCCCCUCCCCCCCUCCCCCUCGUCACCAUACAAUAUAAGAACAGCGUAAUGUGGAGGGCACUCAUACAAAAGCUACACACGCACGUAGGAAAACCCAGUGUUACCCAAUUAAGAGGAACGCCGCCGAUAUGUUGCUCCGCCAAAAUAGAGCGCCUUGAAACCGUUACUCACUA